AUAACAUAUAAACGGGUCAUAAUUGCAAGCCAAAAUGGCCGAUGCCGAUGAUGGAGCCGAGCUGCUCUUCUUCGACACUUUCUCACACGAGGAAGUUACCGAUAUUAAUUUGGACCUGGUUCAGUUCCCGAAGCCUGUUUUCAUAACACAAGUGCGCAUUAUUCCACUGGGCGCCCGAGUGCAAGCGGAUUUUCCAGGCGGCGUUCGUCUUGGUGCCACGAAUCCUUCAAAAUUUGACCUGGAGUUCUUUGUUAAUGAUCUGGGCAUGCCGGGCGCUUCGGCGUUUGAGAAUUUGGGACUGCUCCGUUACAAUCAGAACGAUUGCAUACAUCUCGACUGCUCGCAGGAGAAGAUACCAACGGAUGGUCUCGUGCUGCGGGGCUGGUACAGUGCCAUUACGCUAGCUGUCUAUGGCAUACUAACCAACUCGGUAACGGAGCCCAUUGCCAGCCCAACGUUGCCCUGUGAGCCGGCUAUGACCGGACCCGAGAUGUGCAAUCUUAGCGGAGAGGCCCAUAAUGUGCUGCUACCGGAUGAAGUGCUCAAAGACGACUGGUCAGAGCCAAUGCAAAGCGAGCUGCUGGUUUCAGCGGCCCACAAGACCAGCGUCAGCGUUAGCGACUACGAGCACGAGGACAUGGAAUAUGGCAUGUCACGCGAUCAUUACCAUCAGCAUGCGGAUGAGGAACAACGCGAAUUGCGUCGCUUGCGACGUUCCACGCACUCGACAGAUCAUUCGCCACCACCGCUACCGCUACGCACGCACACCCACUCAGAGAGCAACGACAGGGAAUACCUGCGCUGUUCUCGUGACAAGGCACCUCGUGAUUGGUCGCGAUCGCCAGAGUAUUCGAGCCACCGCUCACGUCGCAAACGUUCGGAACGCUCGCGUUCGGAUGCAGACGAACACAAGUGGCCGCGGACACCACCAGUUUCAAUUGACUCGCCCACACGUCCGCGCUCCCCGGACCUCAUGGAUUACGACGAUGACGAUACACGUUCGCACUAUAAACUACAGAGUUCACACGGUUAUCGACACUCGGCGGAAUCGUUGCCACGCGAGCGCGAAGAAGAGGAGCGGGAGCGUGAGCGAGAGCGCUCAGAUACACCACAGGAGCAAUUUGAGCCCAUUUUAAGUGAUGACGAGAUCAUUGGUGAUGAUCUAGAAGAAGAAGACGACGGAGUUGACGCGGCUGCAGCGGCUGAAUAUGAACGCGAACUGGAGGCAGCUGCAGCUGCUGCUCCGCCGGCCAUAGACGCCUUCGAGCCAUGGCAGCGUCCACUACUGAAAUUCGACGGUGACUUGCAGGCGCAUUUCAGUAAAGAGCUCGAUACCCUUCGGCUACUCUUCAAGAAGCUAUCGCUGCAGAUCCGUUGGGACAAUGUGAGCGCCUUCAACGAGGAGCACGGCGGCGUCACUGUAGACGAGCGCGAACAGUUCGUCUACCUGGGCGAGCAGCUAAACAAUCAGCUGGGCUACCUAACGCAGCACUACAAGCGGCGCAAUUUUGUGCUGCAGCAGUUCUUCAAGAAUGACGAAUCGCAUCUGCGUCAAGCAGCGAAUAUAUUACAAAUAGCGUUGAGCUUCCAGGCGGCCUGCAUGCAACCGCAGCCAGCCUUUAAAAUACGGCACAUAAAGCUGGGCGCACGCAUAGCUGAGUUGCUGUGUAACAACGAGCAACUAUUCCGGCAUCUGCUGCAGCAGCAUAAUUUUGAUCCAUUUGAAGCUGUCUUUGCUCUCUACAAGGAGCCUUACAUGGCGUUGUCUAUCAAGCUGCUGCUUCUAAAGGCUGUCUACGCUAUGCUGGACACACAGCUCGGCAUCAAACACUUUUUGGCUGGCAAUACCAACGGCUAUCAGCUGAUUGUGGAGUCAAUCAAAACGGCCAAGCUAACCCGCACGAAAUACGCUCUGCAGGCCAUCAUCAAGAAGCUGCAUCUCUAUGAGGCUCUAGAGAGUGUUCGCAACAGCUGCAAUCAGCUCUUCGUGCGCAAAAUGGAACGACCGCCGCAGGAAAUUUGUCAAGAAAUCGAAUAUGCAUUUGAAAUGCUCAUGGAUGCUUUGGUGGCUAACCAGCUAAGCUUUCAGCAGCCGCGCCGCUUUCUACCCGUCUCCAAGAAAUUCGAAUUGGUCACCGAUCCAAAUGCGCAGCGCAGCUUUGGCAAUGCGCUGCAAUCCUACUUUAAGCAGCACGCACUGGCUGAGUCCCUGCUGCUGAUUCUAAGCAAUUCAAAGGAACUGCCGGCCACCACAUUCUUGUGCACACUGGAUUUGAUGCAUGCUCUGCUCAAAUCGCACGUGGGCAUCGAUUACUUUGUAGACGAUGCAUUCGAAGCGACGCAACUUAUUGUCGCCAUACUGUUGGGUCUGGAUGAAGUGCCUACGAUGCCCAAGCCGGAAAUAGUCAAGGAGCCAGAGCAAGAAGUUAAAACAGAGCAGAUAGAUAAACCUGUGGAAACUUCAGACACCUCGGAAAAGGAAGUAGAGGCAAAAGUUGAAACUUCACCCGGCGCAACUGUGGCUAUUGAUGUUGCGGUGCAAACGGAGCCAACACCCGUCAAAGUACUUCAGAAGUUGGCGCCCAUUCUUCGGCCCGUUUUGCCCCGCUUGGCGCGUUUGGGUAUUGAGCUGGCCUACAAAGUACAGACACGCUACCAUCUGGAUGCGAUUGUCUUUACGGCAGCAGCGCCCGAGUACGAUGCCAUUAAACUGGCCACGCACAUGCACUCGAUAUACUCCCAGACCUGCGAUCCGGCUGGUCGGCAGCAUACCAUUGAGGUGCUCGGACUUAAUAAUAAUCUGAAGAUAUUCAUGGACCUCAUUAAAAAGGAACAGCGGCUGCAAUCCCAGCGACAGCUGAGCUCGCCGGGCACUAAAUACAAGAGUCCAGUUCUUAGUUAUGCGGUGGACAUGGUCGACGCUUGUGUACGCUACUGCGAGCAGCUCGACUAUCUUAUUGAGCAUGGCGCAGUCAUACUGGAGCUGGCCAAGAACCAUGAAACCUUUGAGCCCUCUGUGUCGGCCGUGCUACAGGAGAUGUAUGUGUACAUGAAGCCAUUGGAGGCCAUAAAUGUGUUUAUCUACGAUGACAUAAUGCCCCUGGUUGAGGUAAUUGGACGAUCCCUGGACUAUCUGACCACAUUUCCGGGUGAUUUGAUAAUGGCCUUGCGUAUACUGCGUUUCUUGGUCACCACCAAGUCGACACCGCCACCCGGCAUCAAGCAAUCCAAGCGUGUGGGCACCGAGGAGCUGAAACAUCGCUUUGUGGCUCUCCAGCUGUACGCAGCAGACGGCGUGCAGCUAAUGAUUCAGAUAAUGGAACGGCUAUGCACGUAUUUUGAGCAGCCCGGUAUGCAUGCGCCCGCCCUGAUGACCAUUCAGGGUGUCCAUUGCUGCCAGAUUAUGUUGCCUACGCUGCAAAUACUGCGCGAGCUGCUCUCCUAUGCCAUUCUGUGCCGCGAUGGCACCUUCAAAGAUCUGACCUCCAUUGAUCAUCUUGUCAAGGUAUAUUUUCUGCUCUACUAUUAUCCAACACGCUGCCAGGCCGGCGCCGAGGUGGAGCAGUGCAAACUAGAGGUGGUGCAGACUCUUUUGGCCUAUACACAGCCGCACGAGCAGGACGAGGAGUCGCUGCAUAAGUCGCUGUGGACGCAAAUGAUCCGCGAGGUGCUGAAAAACAUCGAUGGACCGGCCAACUUUAUACCGGGUCUCAAGUUGUUGGCGGAACUGCUUCCGCUGCCGUUGCCCAUGCCACAACCGUUGAGCGAUCAAUUGCAGCAGCAGCACAAACAGCGUUUGAUCACCGAACGGAAACUGUGGUCCGCUCACUUGCAUCCGCAGAGCGGACAAAUUGCCAAGUUGGUGGAAGCGUUAGCGCCUUCUAGUUUCCCGCAGCUGUCAGAGCUGCUGCAGCGCGUCUGCAUGCAGCUAUCGGACUUGGCGCCCAAUAUGACGCUGCUGAUAGCCAAGACGAUUAUGGAACUGCUGUGCAAUGAAUACCAGAGCUCCAACUGCAUGCCGACCACCAAUUUGGAGCGUCUGCUGCGUUUCUCCACGCGUCUGUGCGCCUUUGCCCCGCUCAAGAGCUCCAUGCUGUCCAUUUUAUCGGGCAAAUUCUGGGAGCUUUUCCAAUCGCUGUUAUCGCUAAACGAAUUCAACGAGGUGGUAUCCAAUUGCCAGGAGGCGGUGCAUCGCAUACUGGACAGUUUCCUCGACUCGGGCAUUUCUUUGAUUUCACACAAAUCCACAGCACAGCCGGCGCUUAAUUUGUCUGCUGCACUGCCGCCCAAGGAGCUAAUCCCACGCGUCAUCGAUGCCGUGUUCAGUAAUUUGGCCAGCGUGGAGGUGACACACGGCAUUUCCAUUCUGGCAGUGCGCAAUCUAGUUAUACUCACCGAGCACGACUUCACCUUCUAUCACCUGGCGCAGCUACUGAAGCAAAAGAUUAGCGAGUUCCAGGCGUGGAUGGAACGUGUUAUCCUUCACAACGAGACAGUCGAGUAUAAUGCAAACAUUGAGUCGUUAAUUUUGCUGUUGCGAUCCUUGACACAAAUCGAGCCACCGCCUGGAAUGUCUGCAAUGCCACAGCGCACGCUUAAACUGGGCCCCGCUGAGCUCGUCCAGCUACUUGAGUUUCAGGAUGUGGAGCUAGACAAACCGCCAGUGCUACAGCGCAUACUCAAAGUGCUGGAGAAGCACAAAGCAGUGGCCAAUGAGGCGGCGCUGUGUGAUCUGAAACAGCUCAUUGCACUGCAGGCAGCUAAGCAGGAGCAGGAUACGCUCGCAGCAGCAGCGGCUGUUCCAAUGGAAACUACAAACGAAAGCGAUCCCAAUGCCACUGGCAGCAGCAGCAGCAAUGUCGUCGUCACAGGUGCACUGAACGUGGAACCAUAUCUGCCGCAAGCGGAGGGCAUUGUCACUCAGUACGAGGCACGUCCCAUAUUUACACGUUUCUGUGCGACGGCUGAUAAUGUGCAGCUAACGGCGCGUUACUGGUUGGAACCUCUGCCCAUUGAGGUUAUCGAGGAUAUGGAUGAGCCGCUGUACGAGCGCAUUGCCUGCGAUUUGACUGAUUUGGCCAAUGUGUGCCUGAAUCCCGAUCUGAAUCUCACGGGCGAUUGCAAGCGUGUACUGCAUUUAUCGGGCUCACCGCAAUCCAAUCGCGAGCUGACACCAACAGCACCCUGUUUCCGUACCCGACGUGUCGAGGUGGAGCCCGCCACAGGGCGGCCCGAAAAGAAAAUGUUUGUGAGCGCAGUGCGUGGCCGAGGCUUUGCCAGACCGCCACCCUCGCGCGGCGAUCUAUUCCGAUCGAGGCCGCCAAACACUUCGCGGCCGCCAUCGUUGCAUGUCGACGAUUUUCUGGCGCUGGAGACGUGCGGCGCACAGCCCACGGGGCCAACGGGUUACAAUAAAAUACCCUCAAUGCUGCGCGGCUCGCGUGUGGGUCGCAAUCGCGGCUCACGCAUCUCCGCGGCAGCUGCGUACAGACAAAAGAAACUGUUGCGCAUUGGCUCACCCUCCAGCUGGUCGGAGUCGACAGGCCCGCCGUAUCGCUCCGGCAAUGCUGAGACGCAUUUUAGCGGCGGGGGCGACGCCCACUAUACAUCGCCACAUUACAGUGGACGAUCUCGUGGGCGUGGCUUGCGCUCAAGACCACCCUAUUUGCGUUAAAAUCAGCGCC